AUGGCCGCGGGAGUUGAGGCAAGUGUCAACCAGGCUGAGCUGGCCUCUGGCAUUGGAAGCUGGUCCAAGCUUGAGGUGGAUAAUGGUCUGGGAAUAGUAGAGGAAGACAAGGAGGUAGGCGGCGGAUCAGAUGAAGACGUGUUUGAGGGCUCUAAUGAGGAAGUUAGCUCGUCUUCUUCAUCCUACCGACCAAAGACAUCAUCUGCUACUCUUGGUCCGAGACUUGGUCCUUCUUCUGCUCUGGGUGCUGUUCUUACUUCUACUUCGAGUUCUACUCCUACCCCUGCUCCGUGUUUAGUUCUGGAUUCGGUGAAUGUUGAAAAUGAGCAACCUGAAAAUCAAGAAAGCGAGGAUUUGGUUAAUGAAAAUUUGAAUGAGAAUAGAAAUUCCAUUGAAGAAGGUGAAGAACAUGAAGAUUCUAAUGAGAAUAGAAAUUUGAAUGAGAAUAGCAAUGUAAAUGAACAUGAAGAAAAUGUAAAUGAACAUGAAGAUUUGGUACAAGAAGAAAACCUUGAAAGAAGGCCUUCAAACAUAAAUGACCCAGGAAAUUGGAAAAAUAUUGAUCAAAGAUUAAGAGACUUACUGGUUGAAAGAGGUCUCAAAAGAAAUGAUAAUCUUGAUUUUCCAAAAGAUUCAGAAGGCAGACAUUUCUCCUCAACACAUUACAUUCGUAACUUAUCCAAUGGUGAACAUCAUGAUAGAAAAUGGCUAAUCUAUUCAAAUUCUUUGGACAAGGUUUUUUGUUUUUGUUGUAAGUUGUUCAAAAAUGAUGCAAACAAAAUUCAAUUGGCAAAUGAUGGAGUUAGAGACUGGAGAAAUCUCAGUGCCAGACUUAAAAGUCAUGAAACAAGUAGUGAACACAUUGUUAACAUGAAGAGUUGGAUUGAAUUAGAGAUCAGAUUACGACAAAAUGCGACAAUCGAUAAAAGUGUUGAAGAACAAAUCAACAAAGAACGAGAACAUUGGAGAAAAGUACUAUUGAGAGUAGUUGCUGUUGUGAAAACACUUGCUAAAAAUAGUUUGGCAUUUCGUGGAGAUAAUGAGAAGCUUUAUGAAGAAAAUAAUGGAAAUUUUUUAAGUAUAAUAGAAAUGAUUGCCGAAUUUGAUCCAAUAAUGAAAGAGCAUGUUCGUCGAGUUCAGGAGAAAGAAAUUCAUUAUCAUUAUCUUAGUCACAAAAUUCAAAAUGAAUUUAUUCUUCGAAUAGCAGAUGAGAUCAAAAGUUUAAUCAUCCAAAAGAUUAAAGAAGCAAAGUACUUUUCUGUUAUUCUUGAUUGUACUCCGGAUGCAAGCCAUGAAGAGCAAAUGUCACUUAUAUUAAGAUGCGUGAAUAUUUCAACAAGCCCAAUAAAGAUGGAGGAGUUCUUUUUAGGAUUUUUAAAGGUGGAUGAUACAUCAGGACGAGGACUUUUUGAAGAACUUGUAAAUAUUUUGCAAGAGCUUAAACUUGAUAUUGGUGAUGUAAGAGGACAAGGGUAUGAUAAUGGUUCUAAUAUGAAAGGAAAACAUAAAGGUGUACAAAGAAGAUUAUUAGAGAUAAAUCCUAGAGCAUUCUACACACCUUGUGGUUGUCAUAGUCUUAACCUUGCACUUUGUGAUAUGGCAAACUCUUGUUCGCAAGCUUUAUCUUUUUUUGGAGUGGUGCAGCGCAUAUAUUCAUUGUUUGCAUCUUCUACAAAGCGGUGGAAAGUUCUUACAGAUAAUGUUAAAGGUUUCACACUUAAGCCGCCAUCACAAACUCGUUGGGAAGGUCAAGUUGAAAGUGUUAAAGCAAUAAGAUUCCAAGCUCCAGAUAUAAGAGAUGCUUUGAUUUACUUAGCAAGUUCUAGUGAAGAUCCCAAGACAAAAAGUGAUGUUGAGUGCUUAGCAGCAUAUGAAAUUGAGAAUUUUGAGUUCUUACUUGGUAUGGUUAUUUGGUUUGAUAUUUUGAAUGCUAUUAACAAAAUAAGUAAAAUCAUGCAAUCAGAGGAUAUGCAGAUUGAUGUUGCUAUAGACCUUUUAAGAGGGCUCAUUUCUUUUUUUGAAAGCUACAGAGAAAAUGGAUUUGAAGCAGCUAUGGUUGAGGCUAAAGAAAUUGCAGUUAGAAUGAAAGUUGAACCCAUUUUUUGUGAACGUCGCAUCAUUCGUAGAAAGAAACAUUUUGAUGAAAAUGCUAGUAAAGAGAUGGCAAUGACAGCUGAAGAAUCCUUUAGAGUCAAUUACUUCAUAUAUAUCGUUGAUCAAGCUCUUUCUUCACUCAAGAGUAGAUUUGAACAGUUUCAAAAGUAUGAUGAAUCUUUUGGUUUCUUGUUUAAUUUGGAGAGGUUGAAGUCUGCAGAUAAUGAUAGUUUGAAGUGUUCAUGUCUUAACCUUGAAGAUCUCCUAAAGCAUGACAAAAAUUUUGAUAUUAACGGGACAGAAUUAUUUUCAGAACUCCAAAUCUUAAGAGAAGCAUUACCAAGAGGAACAAAAAAAGCAAUUGAAGUAUUGAAUUUUAUGGAAAGGCUAAAUUGUUGUUUUCCAAAUGCUUGGAUUGCUUAUAGAGUAUUAUUGACAAUACCAGUUACAGUUGCAUCGGCCGAGAGAAGCUUUUCAAAGUUGAAGCUCAUCAAAUCUUAUCUACGGUCAACAAUGUCACAAGAGAGAUUGAAUGGAUUGGCUAUGAUAUCUAUUGAAAAAAAUUUAUUGGAGAAGCUUGAUUGGAACAUUUUAAUUGAUAAUUUUGCAGCUCAAAAUGCAAGGCGAUCCCAUUUAAUGUAA